AACCAUGGAAACCAUGGAGAAACCAUGGAGCGGCAGUUUUCUAGCAGCUGAUUUUAAAGAUUAAAGUCAAAACUGAUUUAAUUACCUUCAUAUGGAGAUAAAACCCCGAGGCUGAACUUUUCCAACACGAACUGGAAAGCGGACGUAAACUCCGGGGAGGGUCGUUCAAGAAAAGAAACCAGGAAAAUAACAUUUUAAACAUGGUAAAUACUUCCACGUCAAAGGAGCGUCAGUCUGACGCGUCACGGCCUGAGACAUCGACGUCAUCACUCUGCGCCGCACACCGGCUGUAAACAGCGUGUAAGAAAGCCAGUAGAACCAGUGGAUGGUGUCUCGGGUGAACUAUGUCGGUGUUUCAUGACGAGGUGGAGAUUGAAGACUUUGAGUUUGACGAGGAGACGGAGGCCUACUACUUCCCGUGUCCCUGCGGAGACCGUUUCUGUAUAACUAAGGAGGACCUGGAGAAUGGAGAGGAGGUGGCCACAUGUCCCAGCUGCUCGCUCAUUGUUAAAGUCAUCUAUGAUAAGGAGCUUUUCAUGUCCGGAGAAAUCAUCGAGGCUCCAUCAGAGCCCAAACUGCGGCGAGUUCAGUCCUGAACCGGGACUCGGGUUUAAACAGAUUCUGUUCAAACCGACUGAGACGCUCCGAGGGGAGAAAACAUACACUUCAUGUUUGACGUGAGCCCUCAUGUUUCCAACAGGUUUCUGUUGUCAGGAGUUAGUGGUGCGUUCAUGUUCCAUGGGGAAAUGUCAGACUCCCAGAAGCUGCAGAAAAACGAUGCUUUUAGCAGCUGGAGGUCAGCAGGAAAAGAAGUCCAGGAUGACUGGAGGUUCUCCUGAAGCUUUCAGCUCCUGAACCAAGAAAUCAGAAUUCACUGAAUCAGUUGGUCCAAACUUGAACUUUGCCCUGUUGAGGUCAGCAGUAGGAGAAGACUGAAAAACCAGGGUUCACUGGAUCAUUUAACUGGUUGCCAGACAGCUAUAAUACUGUGUUUCUUUGAAUAAAUAUGAUAAAUAUGUA